UUGGUUUGUUUAAUACGAUGUCCUUAUUGUAGGUUUACGAUUGCCGGCAACGAUGUCUUGGUGUUUGUUCAUAUUCAAAAGACCGCUGGGACUUCAUUUGAAAAGUUCCUCGUUCGUCAUCUUGAUAUUGAACAUCCUUGUCACUGCGUUAAAGGCAAGAAGCGAUGUAGUUGUCCGAGGCCAAAUAAACCAAAUGAGGUUUGGCUGUUUUCACGAUACUCAACCGGGUGGUUAUGCGGUCUACACGCGGACUUCACGGAGCUUUACCUUAGUAAUUGGUUUACAGGAGCUCGACGGAUACGACGAUAUUUCUAUACGACGUUUCUUCGAGAGCCUACCGCUCGAUUUAUCUCCGAAUAUCGCCAUGUGAACCGAGGUGCCACAUGGAUUGCUUCGAGACAUAUCUGUAAUGGUCGAGCCCCGACGUCUGAUGAAUUACCGCUGUGUUUCGAUCCAAAUAUUGGGUGGGAUGACGUCAGUUUGAACGAAUUCCUGCACUGUCCAUUCAACUUGGCGUUUAAUCGUCAAACAAGAAUGCUGGCUGAUUUGACUCUGGUGAACUGUUAUGCACGGAAUGGCACGGAUCCCAGAACAAGAGACCGCAUACUGUUGGAAAGUGCCAAGAAAAACCUGAAGAAUAUGGCCUUUUUUGGGAUCAAGGAACGGAUGGACGAUAGCCAGACUAUGUUUGAACGGUUAUUUAAUCUCAGCUUCAGUCGUCGUUUGUCAGCGUGGAGUCGAAGUAAAUCGAACGACACCGAUGUAAGCCCAGACCAAAUGAGACAGAUCCGAGAACGCAAUCAGCUGGACAUCGAGCUCUACGAUUACGCGGUGAAACUUUUCGAGCACCGACUGGCUACAAUUAUGAAUCGAUCGUUACCUGCGAACAAUGAACUUCACGAUCGAUUUACAUCGUUCGAAUUCGACUCGCCAUCAAACCAAAAAGAGGUGCAGUUUGUUCGUGACGAAGAUGCUGCAGCUCAUCCAGAACGAGUGUUUCGUAAACCAAAGAACAGUGUGCUCAAUGAUGCUGAGUAUGAGGGUGAUGAUGACGACACUCAUACUUCAUAUGAAAACACUGACAUCGAAUUUGAUCGGGUUUAA